AUGUUCUUUGGCGAUGAAACAACCGUUCCAAUAGAAACAGUAUCUAAAAUCAAGUAUCAACUGAUCGAACGGAAAAAGCUUCAUUUUCGAUGUUGUCAGGUCAACGACAUAAUGUGCAUUAUUGCUCUCUUCGGUCUUCUAUCGAUGAUUAUCGAUACCGAACUACGACUGAAUGAUAUCGAGUCGAAUCUUUUGAUCUUUCUUCGCCCUUCGAUCAGUAUUUCCACGUUAUUAUUGGUCGGACUGAUUUUGUACUACCAUGCACUUAAUAUUCAACUGUAUACAAUUAACAAUCAUAUCGCAGAUUGGCGUGUUACCAUUGAUUUCCGUGCUCUUCUUCUUGUCUUAUGUGAAGUUCUUGUCUGCUCCAUUCAUCCGUUUGCUUUCGAUGACAAAACCUUGUCGACAGAAUCAGCUUGGCUCAAAAUCUUUCUCACAUUUCCCAUGUUUGCACGCCUCUAUUUAAUUGCGCGCAGUGUAACAUUACAUUCCCGACUGGUCAAUGCUGCUUCAUCUCGUACUAUUGGUUAUCUCAAUCGAGUUCCAGUGACAAUCUCAUUUAUUCUACGAGCAUUCCUGCAAAUCUAUCCAGCUGGUAUUUGGUCGGCUGUCAUGAUAUUGAUGUUAUUUAUUUCGACUUGGUCAUUACGUACCUGCGAAAAAGGUAUGUGGCUGCCGUUAAAAUCGCCAUCGAUAGACACACCAUCGUCUCUAGCAACGUUCAGCAAUGCGAUGUGGUUUACCAUUGUCACAUUUACUACCGUUGGAUACGGUGAUUUAGUUCCUCAAACUUAUUGCGGACAAGGUGUAUCUAUUGUCAUUGCUUUCUUCGGUGUAUUCGCGUCAGCUGUUCUCAUCGCUGUAUUCACGAGCAAGAUAUCUUUGGACCGAUCGGAACAAGUCGUACUCGAUUUCGUCACUCGGAUUAAUCGAGCGCGAGAAUAUCGAAAGAAAACAAUGGAAAUCAUUCAAUAUUCCGUUCGAGCUUGGUUCCUCAAACGUCAUGGUCAUCACUAUCGUGCACUUUUUAAUUCUCUCUAUAGAUUACAUACAGCUAUGCGGCAGGCGCGACAAAUUAAGCAAGAACAAAGAAACGCAGUCAAUAGCAAUGAAUCAUUGAUGACAACACUUGCUGAUGUCACUGAAGAACAGAAAAACAAUGAGAAGUCGCUCAACAAAAUCAAACAACAAAUUGGUCUCAUCGAGGAAAAAUUGAUUCGAUUGGAAAGUAAACUGAACACAGUGAUUAACAUUCUAACAAAGACUAUUCCCGAACGACAACAACAUAGUUGGUUAUAG